CCCAUAGCGACGUCGUUACAUGUUAAUGAGGAAUUUCUUGUUUUAGAAUUACCCUUAACAAUGUAAUUAGUUGAAUAUAUGUUUAUAUGUUAACGUAUAUUAUAUUACAUUUCAAUAACUAAGACUUUUAUUGUGAAGAGUAGUUUGACCGUGGUGGACUUUUCGUCACUGUGUGUCCAGCUUCACGACGCCGAAAUCAAUAAAUGUAGCCUUGUUAGCAAUAAAACCGCUAACAUGGAAGCAGUUAUUAUUUGAUGCUAGCUGGAGCUAUCAGUGAUGCUAACAAACUGUCGCUGAGUCUCGCUAUGAGUUUAGCUAGCUAAUGACAGUCUGGUGAGAUUGCAUCACUGACUGGGUGAUGUCCGCCCAGCCUCUGCAGCACUCCUGGGAGGAUUCAGCAGCCUGCUAACAGAGCCAGCCCGGCGGCUAGCUGAUGCUGAUGACUGGCUGUUUCCUGACAUUGAUUUGUAGUGGGAGGCACCAUGGCCGGUAAGGUGAAGUGGGUGACAGAUAUUGAGAAAUCAGUGCUCAUCAACAACUUCGAAAAGAGGGAAUGGGUUCAAGUUACAGAAAACGACGACUGGAAUUUCUACUGGAUGAGCGUCCAGACCAUCCGAAAUGUGUUCAGCGUGGACACCGGCUACCGCCUGUCAGAUGAGCAGAUGGUUAACCACUUCCCCAACCACUAUGAGCUGACCAGGAAGGACCUAAUGAUCAAGAACAUCAAACGCUACCGCAAGGAGCUGGAGAAAGAAAGCAGUCCGCUAGCAGAGAAGGACGAGAACGGGAAAUACCUUUAUUUAGAUUUUGUUCCUGUGACGUUCAUGCUCCCCGCCGAUUAUAAUCUCUUUGUGGAGGAGUAUCGCAAGAACCCAUCCAGCACUUGGAUCAUGAAGCCCUGCGGGAAGGCUCAGGGCAAAGGCAUUUUCCUCAUCAAUAAACUGUCCCAGAUCAAAAAGUGGUCCAGAGACAGCCGCACCUCCACGUUUGUAGCAGCAUCUAGUGGCAAGGAGGCCUAUGUCAUCUCCCUGUACAUUGACAAUCCUCUACUGAUAGGAGGGAAGAAGUUUGACCUGCGUCUCUACGUUCUGGUGACCACAUAUCGGCCUCUGAAAUGCUAUAUGUACAAGCUCGGCUUCUGUAGGUUCUGCACAGUCAAGUACACACCCAGCACCAGUGAACUGGAAAACAUGUUUGUUCACCUCACUAAUGUGGCCAUCCAAAAACAUGGGGAUGACUACAACCACGUCCACGGAGGCAAGUGGACGGUCAGUAACCUCCGUUUGUACCUAGAGAGCACCCGAGGGAAGGAGGUGACCAGCCGACUGUUUGACCAGAUCCACUGGAUCGUGGUGCAGUCAUUGAAGGCCGUGGCUCCUGUGAUGAACAAUGACAAGCACUGUUUUGAGUGUUACGGGUAUGACAUCAUUAUUGAUGACAAGCUCAAGCCAUGGCUUAUUGAGGUCAAUGCCUCUCCGUCACUGACCUCCAGCACAGCCAACGACCGCAUCCUGAAGUACAACCUCAUCAACGACACCCUCAAUAUCGUAACGCCCAAUGGGGAAAUCCCAGACUGCCGUUGGAAUCGCAGCCCGCCCCGUGAGGCCCUGGGCAACUAUCAAGUCCUGUACGACGAGGAGCAAACGCAGAGCGAGAAUGCCGAGCGAGACCUGCGGAGCCGCUCGAGUCAGUCCAUGGGGACGAGGGGCACCAAGGGGAGUGCAGGCACUCGCCCCGCUGCCGCCACCUGGAAGUGAGCUAUUCGCUGGAAGACUGGUCCCUGUCUCCCACAUGUCACUGACUGAGUUCACAGGGGUGAAGGGGAGGAAAAUCAACAUUGUGGUCAUAUUUGGAGAGUAUAAAGGUCGCCAGUUGUUGCUGUUUGUGUGAAGGCGUGACUACAAAUGUAGACAUUAUGUUGGUGGGGUCGAUGUCUCAACCGCAGCAACAGCAGCUCCCAGCCCAAGCUCCAUAUGAAGAUAAGGAAAACCCUCCUAAAAAAAAAUUAAUGACAGAAAGAAAAAAGUGAAUGAAGCUCAAAGAGGAAAUUCCAAAAGAAGAUCGCUCUCCUCGGAUGGCUAGGGGUGGUAAAAUGGUAACUACACAUGUUGUAUGUUAUAUAAAUAAAUGGGAUUAAAAUCCAACGUGAGCAAGGAGGAUUACAACAACCUUGAUCUAUGCAUGAUUACUGAGUCCUGACACUUUAACUUCGCCCACCACACAGGUGCUAAAAAGAAGGAGCUCUGGGAGAUGAAGUGCUUUGGAAAAAAAAAAAAAAAAGAAAGAGGGAGAACAAGAGAUCUGACUAAUACAAAGGGUAUACAGAUAUAAUAUAAUAUACUUAUAGGCAGACUUAAUGUGUAUAGAUCCCAAAACAGAAUUUAAAGGUCCCAUGGCAUGACAAUUUUACUUUAUGAGGUUUUUUAACAUUAA